AUGGCAUCAAUUGCACGAACAUUACGGCCAGCGGCCUCGAGGCUAGCUGUCGCAGCGAGAGGAAACACAGCUUCAUCGAUACGCUCUCCAUUUGGCGUGCGCGCCUUUUCUGCUACGAGAGCUGCAUAUGUUAAGAAAUACACAAAGGACCACGAAUGGGUCGAGCUCUCCGACGACAAGAAGACUGCGACUAUUGGUAUUUCAGAAUACGCUGCGCAUGCGCUUGGCGACGUUGUAUAUGUUGAGCUUCCAACAACGCCAAUGGAGGUCAAAGCCGGCGAUUCGAUCGGAGCGGUGGAGUCUGUGAAGUCGGCUUCGGAUAUCAACUCUCCCAUCUCAUGUACAAUCACAUCUGUCAACUCUCUCCUGGAAGAGAAGCCUGCUACAAUCAACAAAGGUCCGGAGGAUGAUUCGUCUGCUGGUGGAUGGGUUGCGAAGGUGGAGGUUGCCGAGGAGGGAGUCAGCGAUCUGGAUGGUCUGAUGGAUGGGGAGGCUUAUAAGAAGUUCACAGAGGAAGAGUAA